AUGGAUACCACAACAAAAAACCUGGUUUUAAUCCUUAUCCUCCAGGUGUUUACCAUGCUUGGCUUUUAUGUGGCAACACAAACAACGUUUUUAACCCCAUUACAAACUCCAGAGACCGUCAUGGAUGUUUCUGACACUUUUCUGAAAUACAUUGACUACUCUCCGGAAGUUGAGAAAGCUUUAAAAACACACCAACCGAUUGUCGCACUCGAAACAACAAUCAUCACACAUGGUCUUCCAUACCCCGACAACCUUAAGGUCGCGAAUGAGUUAGAAGACAUCAUCCGGCAAAAUGGGGCUAUUCCAGCAACAAUUGGAAUUGUUGCUGGUCGUAUACAAGUGGGGUUUACCAAAGAACUUCUUUCUCAGAUCAGUACACGAAAAGGUGUGUUAAAGGUGGGUAUUCGCGACAUUCCCCAAGUCGUUUCGGAGAAGAAGUGGGGUGGAACAACAGUUGCUGCUACUUCCCGUAUCGCUUCCUUAGUUGGUAUAAAGGUGUUUGUGACUGGUGGUUUGGGUGGUGUUCACCGAGGCGCAGAGGAGACGUUUGACGUUUCCAACGACCUCAACGAGCUUUCUAUCAACCCCAUAUGUUUGGUUUGUGCUGGCGCUAAGAUCAUAUUAGACCUUCCCAAAACACUUGAGUAUUUAGAGACAUCUGGUGUUUCCGUCCUUGGCUAUCAAACGGAAAACUUGCCUCAAUUUUACGUUCGUUCCUCCAACCUAUCAAUCUCGGCUGUCAAUUCCACGAUCUCGAUCUCUCAUCUUCUCAAAGUCAAAGAUGAUUUGAAUAUCGAAAAGGGGACGAUAGUGGCCGUACCCAUUCCGGAGAAAGAUGCGUUAAAUGAGACUGAAAUUUCGGGAUUAUUGGCUGAAGCCUUAGAACAAGCAAAAAUCCGGGAGAUUAGGGGGAAAGCGGUCACCCCUUUCAUUUUGGGAUAUUUAAACUCGAAUUCUCAGGGGAAGACAAUACAAGCCAAUGUAGCGUUGAUCAAGCACAACGCCGAGAUUGGUUCCAAAAUUGCUUUUUACUACAACGAACUUAAAUUGGGCAAAGAGUUUGGCGAUGAGAAAGAGUCACAGAAGGUUGUAAAGCAUUCGAAGAUAGUAGUUGUUGGGGCGUCUGUCAUGGACUUUAUAUCUCGGGGAGAGAUCUUACCGGAGGUCAGUGUAGAGGGUGUCGUACAGCAAAACCGCGGUGGUGUAGGGCACAACAUGGCUGAGAAUAUUCACUUGAUUGGGAACCAAAUGACUUUCUUGAGUGUGUUGGGCAACGACUUUCUUGGGAACGUAUUUAGAAAAUCGUUUGAGAAGAUCCACAUGGAAACGAGUGGGAUUGUAUUAAGUGAAUUUCCUACAGCGGUGUACUCGGGGGUGAUUAACCAAGACGGUUCAUUGAUUGCUGGUGUGAUAGAUAAACGAUCGUUGAAGGGAAUGACUGUGGACAAGAUAGAGAAGUACAUGGAUCUUGUCACUAAUUGCGAGUACGUUGUUAUCGAUACCAACUUUGAGUUGGACGUCAUCAAGAAGGUCAUUUUGUCUGCGAAGGGAAAAGUCUGGCUCGAGCCGACGGGGGGAACAUCCCUCAAAAUAUUGAUACCGGAAAUUUUAGAGAGAAUCGAUUACUUCUCACCAAACAACUUUGAGAUCGAAUGGCUGGCAAAGCGGAUUGGAUAUAAAGGCGGCGAGUGCGACGGAGGGAAUAUUGAAGAGUGUAUAAAAAUGUCCGAGCUCUUUGUUGCGCGCGGAGUGAAAAAUUUAAUAGUGAAAUUGGGACCGGACGGUGUGUUGGUUGUGAAGAAGGAAGAGGACGGAACCGUCUGGAAGAAAACAUACACUGCGAUGGAUACCGAGGAAAUUAAGGAUGUUCAUGGUGCUGGUGAUUCGUUGAGCGCUGCGACUGUUGCUGCUAUGCAAAGAGGAUAUCCACUCGAGGAAGCGAUAUACUAUGGUCUUGCUUGUGCGAAGAUGACUCUUGAGAGCGAGUAUACCAUUAACCCGAAAGUUAAUUGGGAGAAGCUCGAGGCGAUUGUGAAAGAAGAGAAAACCAAAGCGAUUCCAAAGAGUGAUUUAUAA